CUGUCCUAACGACAUCAAAUUCAAGAUCAAAUCUCAACAGAAAAAGCUUCUCCGCACAUCUCUUUCUCUUUAGUGUUUGAAAAUGUCAGGUCGUGGAAAGGGAGGAAAGGGAUUGGGAAAGGGGGGAGCGAAGAGGCACAGAAAGGUGCUUCGUGAUAACAUUCAGGGAAUCACGAAACCCGCCAUUCGCCGUUUGGCUCGCAGGGGAGGCGUCAAGAGAAUCAGUGGCCUCAUCUAUGAGGAGACACGUGGCGUCCUCAAGAUCUUCUUGGAGAACGUCAUUCGCGAUGCCGUUACCUACACCGAGCACGCUCGCCGCAAAACCGUUACUGCCAUGGAUGUUGUUUAUGCCCUCAAGAGGCAGGGAAGGACUCUCUAUGGUUUCGGUGGUUGAUUCUAUUUAGGGUUUAGUAUUUGCUCGUGCUUGUAAAUGUUUCACGAAUUCGGUGUUAUAGGUUUUUAUGGAUUUUAUCAUCUUGAUGAAGUGUUUUUGUUUUUGUUUUUGUUUUUGGAUAAUUUGUUUUGUGGUCAAAUUGAGUGGGCGGUGCCUGCCUUUGUUCAAUUAGAGCCUCGAGUGCAGAAUGCAAAAUAUUAGCACUAACUAGCAAUGAAUUUAAAUUUGUCCCAUCUAAAGGUUAUUAGUAUUACAAUUAGUGAUUUCUAGUGUCUUCGGUUUAGUUUUGUUGAUUUUAAAAUCCUGGUUUGUAUGUUCAAAUUAUAUUUUGGUAUAGGCGGGUCCUUCCUCUUUGCAACUACCUGCAAUCUUCUUCAGCUA